AAAAAUCGAACAAGAUUAUUGGAAUGAUAUAGCCAAUUUGAUAACCAUACCUGUAGUAGUUUGGUUAUCAGAAGCUGGUAAAGAUAUUACGAAACAAAAUUCUAUCAAUUGGGAUCAUACGAAAACAAAAAUAAAUAUUCAACAUCGACAAAAAAUCAUUGAAAAUAAAUUACAACAAGCAGAAUAUAAUUUAAACAUUCAUUUACAACAACCAUGUCCAUUCGAUUGUGAAAUAUACAAUAAGACUUCUAUGGAUCAUUUCUUGAACAUCAUCUCUAAUGUUCUUGUUACUCUUGUCGAAAAUAGUCUGUAUUAUUUGCAUACCAACUUUGAACAGAAGAAAAUCUUAUUAAAAUUUGAUAUCACUGAUGCAAAUCUUGUCAAAUCAUUCUAUGAUUUAAAUCCAACAGUGGAACAGAUUGUUAUCGUUCGAAAAAUUUGGCGAGAUCAACUCGAACUUUGCAAAAAAGUAAUUCGUCAAAAAAAGAAGAAUCGUUCAAGCUCGAUAUAUCAACAAAUUGCAUGGAAGAAUGGUGCUGCUCUUGAACAAGAUCCAUUACUUUUAAACGGUUUAUUCAGUGCAUCAAUGUAUCAAAUUAUUCAAGAUCGUUUGAAAAAUAUGAAAAAACGUACUAAACAAUUAUUAGGAUUCGUUCAUACUAUCGAUGACAAUAUUUUCUUCUAA